AUGUACAAAAAAAGGAUUACUUCUGCCAAACUGGUGGCCGAGAUACCAACAAAAGAAGUUGAUGAGGAUACCGAUCAAAGUCUAUGGGAACCAAAUCCUGAAAAUCCACAUAAUAGAGAUCACGCGAACAAGUGGUGGUAUCAGCCAUAUUCCGUAACCACAGAUUGGUUGAAUGGCCAGGUAGCUUUCGGUGGCCACUGGGCUGUACCAGCAGUAAGUGUCGGAGGUUCAAACCUCUACGAAGGUCUGUUCUUCCCAUCUGUUGGAACAUUCCUCGGAAUUGAAGACGACUAUGACUACGAAUAG